AUGCAUAGUUGUUCUACGAGCAGCCGUUGCAUUGCAGACGAGUCGGAGGUCAUCGUUUCGGGGAAUUUCAGUUCAAUGCUUCUGGGCUGGUUAGGGAUUCUGGUUCGCCGUCAAUCGAGAACAAUGUUUUUGAAUUUUUUAUCGGGCGAAGACAUUUCUGAAGAAUGAUUUCCGCGUCCAAGAAACAUGUUUCGAUGGUGGGCUCUCCCUUUAAGGAAAGAUUGUUCAAAAGCUGCCGAUUAAUGAAAAAAUAAUCUAUAUGUGUUCUAGAAGAUAAAAAUAGCGUAGCUCUGAUGGCAUUUUUGAAGAAAAUGAAAAAUUUCCAACCGAAAUUAGACUGGCCAUGUAAAGAAGAUGAAAGCUCGAUGGGCGAUAUAAACACCUUUAAUUUAUGAUAGUCUUCCAAGCUUCAGAAACCGCCUAUAUGAUAAAAAAUGACCUAACUUGCAAAAAAUUUGUUCAGUUUUUUUCUUUUGAAUUAAGUGAAAAUUUCCUAUGUUUCAGCGCAAAUCUGAGAGGCUAGCGAAUAAAAUCUAUUGGUUACAUGGGAACUCCAGGGGAUUUAAAAAAUCUCAAAAUUGCUCCGGAAAAAUAAAUUCAAACAAAUAUAUACCCUUUUCUCUGGCUAAACUUCAACAGGACCUUCAAGGUUUUUAAGCAGUAAAAAAGUCUGAAGGGGAGAAAAUUUUGCGAAAGGCUGCUUUAUGGGCUCAUCUGACGAAAAAACCAAAUGAAAAAACGGUUCCAUUUUAUAGAAAUUUCAAUACAAAGCGAUUUUCUAACGACUGUUUUGAAUAUGAUCAGCCUGGAUAGUUCUACAACUACUAGUAGAAAUUAUGAAAAAUGACUUCUUUAUACAUUUUUUUCAAAAUUUAAACCAAAUUUUUGUGUUGAAUCAGUGGUCUACUGAGUAAAAAUCUUUUUUUGAAAAAAAUCCUUCAUCAAAUGAUAAAAUCUCAAUAUGUUUCAUCAUUACCGUGGAAAAUCUUAUCAAAUCAACUUGACCAAGAUUUUUCACAAAGUUCGUUUUCGUCUUAACUUUAUCAGUUGAAAAGUGAUCCUAUCAGUGGCUGAAGGGUCACUCGGCCCGUCGUCUGCCGCCAAUCUCUGGAACUUUGCCCGUGUCUGCGCUCUCCUCGGAAUGAACGCUCUCUAGGCGACGGCAACACGUACACAAACGCUCUUUCAUGUUUCCAAAGCACCUUAUGGCCGCAUGGAAGUUUGUUUAUUUUGUUCAAUUUUUCUUGAUGAUCGUUUUUUCAUACUUUUCUUCCAUUUCCAUAAUAUAAUCGGUUUGAAAAUUUGAUAUUUUUUCCUAUUGCGCAAGACAACUGUUCCCACCGCUUUUAGACCCACAAAUCUCUGCCGCUUGACCAUUGAAAAAUCAAAAAAAAAAAAAAACAGAGACGUUUUUCAAGCUCCUAAAUUUUUUGUCGUUUCUGAAAGCACAGAGAGCGUUGGUGAGCGGAUUGUAUUAGGUUUGAUCUGCAGAAAUGAUCUUUCAAAAAAAAAAAGUCCAAACAAACACGUUUUCAAGAAUAUUUGUCAACACGUCCUCACAGAUAUUGUUUUUCUUCUCUUUGGCAUGAUAAAAUUUUAAAUUUUGUCACUUUUUUUCCCAUUGAAUUGCUACUUUUUUCCAAUGAUUUCCAAAAAUUUUCAAAAAGUGAAAUAAUGACCCUUUUUGGCGUCAUUUUUGCGUCAUUUUCAAAAAUCCGCAAUGUUAGUUCAUUUUUAAAGUAUACCCUUUGUUUGUUGAGUUUUAUGAAUGCUAAAACUGAACCGCUAGUUUUUUCGGAAUACUUUUUUAAGUUUUCCAACGAUGAAAUACCAAAAAUUAGAGUUUCUCGCGCUUAAGAAGACCCGAAAAAGCGUUUGGGGAAUAGACUAUAAUCCUCUGAAAUAUUGAAGAUGCCAGGAAGACUAGGAUUCGCCAUCGAUCGUGGCGGCACCUUCACCGAUGUAAUUGCAUUCAAAUCCGACGGCAACGUCAAAGUAUUAAAGGUUGGAUUCCAAAUUUGCAUAAAUUUAUCGUUUUUGCAAAAAAAGGGAAGUUAGUUCCUCAGAAGUUCGUUUUCGCGAAGUAGGUGAAUGAUCACAGGAAAAAAAUGUUUUUGUGCUUCAAAAUAUAUUUUUAGAAAAACUGUUCAAAAACAUUGCUGGUUCGCUUGGUCAUUUAAAAUGUUCGGAAAAGGGUCCCAAGUUGAAGAGCUUUUUGAAGAGUCCGGGAUUUUUUUCUCGAUUAAGGGAAAUUAUAGAAUGUCAUUAAAAAUUUUUUUCGAAAAUUAUGCUCAAAAGGACCUUCUGAUCUGCUUGAAAAUUUAAAAUUUUGAAAAAACCAGUCUGAAGAAAAAAGCAAAAUUCAGUGAUAUUUAAAGUCAACGAUGAGCAGAACAGCCUAUGUUUCUAAAAAGAAAGAAGACAGUUAGAUUUGCUGAACAUUAAAUUCCAUUUCUAGGUCCUCUCGGUGGAUCCGGCAAACUACAAAGAUGCGCCAACAGAAGCCAUCCGUCGGAUUGUCGAAGAGGAAUCUGGCACGAAAAUACCUCAAGACCAGCCUGUUCCUACUGGUAUUCUUCUACCAAACCUAAAACUCUAAACAAGAUUCAUAGACCUUAUCGAUUGGAUUCGGAUGGGAACAACUGUGGCGACAAACGCGCUUCUGGAGCGUCGAGGAGAACGUCUGGCCUUGUUGAUGACCAAGGGGUUCAAGGACCUGCUCUUCAUCGGAAAUCAAGCCAGACCCGACAUCUUCGCCUUCGAUAUCCGACUUCCAGAGGUUCAAAUUCAUCGAGGCGGGGGGCAAAAUAAGUAAUCACUUCUUGUAGAUUCCUGAUUUACUAGAAAAAGGCCUUUUGAACUAGCCGUUCCCAAAACUAAUUUUUUGCUAGUAAAAGAUAGGGUUUGUUACAGUACAAAAGAAAAGUUUGUAAGCUAACUUUCUGAGAACUCUGUGAAGAAACAGCUUUUUGCUCUUUUCGUGUGGAAUUUGAAGAGCUUCACUCAAAACUUUCAUUCUUAAAAUUUUUUAAAUAUGAAAUGAAGUGGAUAAAAAUAAAAAGCUUUUGAGAAGCAGUGAAUGAAAGUAGAUAUAUUGACAGACAAAUAGAUAAUCGAGAUCAAAAAUGAACAAAAAAUGAAGGAAAUCUUCGGUUUUUACGAGAAGAAAGAAAUUUGAAGAAAGAACUUCGAAAUUCAAUCAAAAUUAUCGCCAUUGUCCUCAAGUUCCAGCUAACUCAAUAAAAUUAAAGGUUCUGUACGAAGACGUCAUUGAAGUAGAGGAGCGAGUUCUGACUUCAAGAGAAGACUCGACACUAGAUGUUGGAGGCUCAGUGGAGACUGCAACCAAUGGAAGCAAAGUCUGAACUUCUUCAAGAAAGCAUUUUUAUCGAAGUUCAGAUUAUCGUCGAAACCCAACUCGAUGAGGAAGAACUUCGCAAAAAUCUCGAAGAAGUCAAGAAGAAGGGAAUCAAAAGCAUCGCUAUUCUGUUCCUCCAUUCCUUCAUGUGAGUCUUGUGAAGAAGGUUGAAAAUCCUUUUUUCGUAAAGAUAUCCUGAUCACGAGCAGAAGGCUGGGAAAAUCGCUCGCGAGAUUGGUUUCGAGCACGUUUCUUUGUCCCAUCAAGUUAUGCCGAUGAUCAAGGCGGUACCUCGCGGUUUCACAGGUAAAUUACCUUUGAAAAAAAUUGUUUCAUGUUUCUUUUUCAGUUUGCGCUGACGCCUAUUUGACUCCGAAGAUAGUCGAAUACAUAAAAGGCUUCAAGGCCGGAUUCGGAGAUUUGAGCAAAGUCCGCGUCAACUUUAUGCAGUCUGACGGCGGUCUCUGCGACAUGGAAAGGUCUUUUUUCUUCCGUUUUCUUCGUGUUUUGAAGGAGUUUUCCAGCUUCUUUGGAUCCCGAGCCAUUCUUUCCGGACCGGCCGGUGGCGUCGUCGGCGUCGCCGCCACGGCUUACGACGAAGAAACGAAAAAGCCAGUCAUUGGAUUCGACAUGGGCGGCACUUCGACUGAUGUUGGAUUUUGGAUCUAUGAGUUGAAUAUUUGAGAUAUUCAGGUCUGCCGAUAUUCUGGAAACCUGGAACACGUCAUGGAGACCACGACAGCUGGAGUCAGCAUCCAAGCGCCGCAGGUUGAAAAAAAAAGCGAUACAUAAACAUGAGUUACUUUUGUUUCUAGUUGGACAUCCGCACAGUGGCAGCAGGCGGCGGCUCUCGACUUUUCUUCCGCGACGGUCUUUUCGUGGUAGGACCCGAAAGCGCCAGUGCUCAUCCAGGACCUGUCUGUUACCGCAAGAACGGGUAAUUUAAAAAUAACCUGGGAAACCAAUGAAGUUUUUGAUUCUCAUAGGUACUUAACUGUAACCGACGCAAAUGUUGUGCUCGGCCGUCUUCUCCCAGAACAUUUCCCCAAGAUUUUCGGCCCGAACGCUGAUCAGCCACUUGACAAGUGAAUAUUUCUACGUCUUCAAUCCUAAAUGAAACCUUCAGAGAAGCAUCGGUAAGGGAAAUGUCGAAACUGACUGACGAGAUCAACUCCUAUGUAAAGUCUAACGAAAGCUCCUCGCAAAAAACAUAUACUGUGGAAGAGGUCGGGUCUAACUUGACUUCAAAAAAACAUUUAUCUUUUCAGGUAGCGCUAGGCUUCAUUUCUGUGGCCAAUGAAGAGAUGUGCCGGCCGAUUAGAGCUCUUACUCAGGUUUUUUUUUGAUUAUGCCAAAUUCAACAUAUAAAUUUUCCAGAGUCGAGGAUACGAUCCUUCCGCUCAUGCUUUAGCUUGUUUCGGAGGCGCCGGAGGACAACACGCUUGUGCAGUUGCUCAAGUUUUAGGUCAGAGCGUGCUCGGAAUCUUUAGAAAUUUUGAAGUUGGCGUUCUAGUCGAGCUUCAGAGUUGAAACUAUACAAUUGAAGUAGAGAAAAAAGGGCCUCUGGCGUCUUUCUUACAAAAUAUACCUUUAUAGUAAAUAAAUUUCUUUAAGUUUUGGUUUUCGGUAUCUAUUUAUAAUUUUAUUAGUACAGUGCCGUUUUAUGAAAUUUCCUUGUAGGGAGCUCAAACUUUCUGAAACUUUCUAAGCUGCAUUUUUUUUUUCUGCGAACUGAGACUUUUUACAAAUUACAGUCAUCACUACUCCAUAAAUUUCCCGUAGGAUCGGUACAAGAAAGUUGAGAUUGAAAAAUCGUUCUUUUCGUAUCUUUUCUGACGGAGCUGCGUGUUAGAUGCAAAAGUCGAUUUUUUUUUCGAUGAGUUCUGAAUCUGCGUGUCCGAAAGUACUGCUGUACGCACAUCCACAUAAUUCUGAAGCAACCUUAAUUUGCCCUCCCUGUGUCAAAGAGGAGCUUGAAGCUUCAAGAUAAAAAUGCUUUCAGGAAUAACCGAAGUCAGAAUCCACAAAUACGCCUCGCUCCUUUCCGCCUACGGAAUCGCUCUGGCCGACGUGGUCACAGAAGUUCAACAACCACUCCAACUGGUCUAUGAUAAAAGUAACUUUGUAAAGUUCAAACUAAACUAAAAAAAAAUCGUUUCAGAAAACUACGAGGAGAUCUCCCGACGACUGUCCGAAAUGGAAAAACAAGCAAGAGAAAAGCUUCGAGGCGAAGAUUUCGAAGCCGAGCAAAUCAGCUGCUCCAGCUUCCUCCACAUGAGGUACGACAAGACCGACACGGCCAUCAUGAUUGCUGCAGAUUUCGACUCAAAGGCUAGUAAAUAUUUAUGAUCACAGACCCAUUAAAAAGGUUUAAGGACCCACAAACGCUAUCCAACUACGCCGACGUCUUUCUUGAAACCUACAAGCGGGAGUUCGGCUUUUAUUUGGAGCAUCGCGAAAUAAUUAUCGAUGAUUUGAGGUUCCGAGGAAAUAAAAAACUUUAGAAGAAAAAAUAUUUUAGAGUAAGAGCUGUCGGAAAAGCAAGUCAUCACAAGGAAGAAGAGAUCAAAAGAGCUGAAGAGCCUGAAAACCCACCAAGUCCUGGAUCAACAUUAGUCCAUUUCUCUGUAUGUUCAAAGUAGUUUGCUCGAAACUUUUGAAAAUUCAGGAAGGAGCGCUGGAUUCUAAGAUCUACUUCCUCAAUGAGAUGAAAGCCGGGCACAUUAUUCAAGGACCUGCUCUUUUGAUUGAUAAGAACAGGUCGGUUGAUUCCAAAGUUCCAACCUACUGGGAAAACGUUUAGUGGCCACUAUAGAGGUUCGCCAAGGACUAAUUGGAGGACACUAAAAAGGCCACUAACCCCACCCUUAUAGUGGCCACUAUUUUCCAUUUUAGUGGGCACAAUAGAGGUUCUCUAUUUAGUGGCCACUUCAGUAGUUUUCAACCCAGUACUCCUUUCAUCCACCUAUUGAUCCCUAAAGUGGCCACUAAAAUUUUAAGUGAGCUAGUAGUAGCACUUAGACUAUAGUGGCCACUAAUUUUUAACCCCUUAAAUGGCCCCUAAUAUGACUACUAUAGUGGCCACUCAAACGUCAAAACCCUAUAGUGGCCAUUAAAAAUUUUCCCCGUAUUUUUAGUUUUUUUUAUUAGCCACGAUAGGAAAAAUGUGUGCUGCACUGAGAAUGGCGAGAGUUGUGACGGUUGUAAUUAUCCAUUAAUGAAUUUUUCCAGCGCCUUUGAACCGAUCAUUGAAAAUCUCAAAGUCAAAGGAAUGUCUAUAAAAUGCAAGCUUUGAAGCUUAAACACGGACUGAAACCUGACAGGAUUAUUUUGAGCCAUUCUAAAUGCAACCAAGAUUUUUUGCAUGAAAAUAUUUGUUUCCUAUUUUAGAUUUUAUCUUUUCAGCACCGUCGUUAUCGAGCCUGGAAGCCGUGCUGAAAUUUCGGAUAAUGGAAACAUUUUCCUACAUGUCAGGAGAAAGUCUGAGCAAGACACGAGUGUCAAGGUUAUUUUCCCCUUUGGAAAUGAAUUUCAAGUCAUUUUUAGGUUGAUCCCAUUCGACUCGCCAUUUUCAGCAAUCGAUUCAUGUCGAUCGCAGAGCAAAUGGGUCGAGUUUUGCAAAGAACUGCCAUUUCUACUAAUAUAAAGGUGAUUUAUAAGAAAGAUACAAUAAAACAGAGUUUCCAGGAGCGCCUCGACUUCUCCUGCGCUCUGUUCAGCCCUGACGGCGGAUUGAUCGCCAAUGCUCCCCAUAUUCCGGUUCAUUUAGGUGCGAACUCAUCUCAAAAUGAAAGAGGAACUAACUGGUUUCAGGUGGGAUGCAGUACACGGUCAAGUUCCAAAUCGACCAUCUGGGCCUCGAGGGAAUGCGUGAUGGUGACGUCAUCUUGGCCAAUCAUCCAACCGCUGGCGGCUGUCAUCUUCCCGACUUUACCGUCAUCUCGCCGGUUUGAGCCUAGCUUCUUUCACCUGGAAGUAGUUGAUUUGAGGUAUACUUCAAAGGAAUCAAGGUUCCCGUCUUCUUCUUGGCAAAUCGAGGCCAUCAUGCUGAUAUUGGUGGUCUGGUACCAGGAAGUAUGCCUCCGAACGCGACCGAUAUAUCUCAGGUAGUUUGAAACUUUCUUUCUCAUUUAGAAGUUCUUCCGAAGGCUGAGGAUAGUUAGGACAAUGUGAACAACAGAGAAAAUGUUUUUAUGAUAUCUGGGUUCGGACUUUAGCGGAAAAAUGAAAAUUUUUAAAAUUUUACGAGCUCCUCUUGACGUGGCAGAACAACUAAAAAAUAAAGAAGCAAGGUCUUGAAACCAAUCAGAUCCCUCCUAGAUUCCUUGGUGAAAUGAAGUAAAGAACAAAAAAACUUCCUAGGAAGGAGCCGCUUUCAUCUCGUUCAAAGUGGUCGACGACGGAACGUUCCAAGAGGAGGCGUUGGUGGAAGCCCUCAAGGCGCCUGGAAAAGUCCCGGGCUGCUCGGGAGCCCGAAACAUUAGCGACAACAUCUCAGACAUCAAAGCUCAGAUUGCCGCCAACAGAAAAGUAUGUCUAUCUUUCAUACUAUUCUCUAAAUAAAAGUGACCAGGGCGCUGCUCUCGUGUGUUGUUUAAUCGACGAAUAUUCGCUGGAGGUGGUCCACGCCUACAUGGAUCACAUUCAGGCUACUGCGGAGGAGAGCGUCAGGAACAUGCUCAGGAAGGUUUUCUUCCGUUUCAUCACAUGAGGAAUGAUUUAUUGUUUCUUGAAGGUCGGCAAAGAAAUCAAGGAAGAGACGGGUUGCAGCAGAUUGGAAGCUUCAGAUUUCAUGGACGAUGGGACCGAAAUCCGACUAGCAGUUGAUAUCGACAUCGACAAGGUUCAAAAAAGUUAUAUCGAAGAUAGGAACUAGGAUUUCACAGGGAAGCGCGGUGUUCGACUUUGCCGGCACUGGUUCAGAAGUGCUGACGUCAUCGAACGCGCCGCACGCCGUCACCAUGUCCGCCAUCACCUAUUGCCUCCGUUGCCUCGUCGGAAAAGACAUUCCACUCAACAACGGAUGUCUUGCUCCCAUCGAUGUAAGACUUAUCGCCUUGCUUGACCCAAAGAAGAUUUGCAGAUCCGAAUCCCGCCUGGAACCAUCCUCUCGCCUUCGAAAAACGCUCCUGUCGUUGCUGGAAACGUUUUGACAAGCCAAAGAAUCUGUGACGUCAUCUUCAGAGCUUUCCGCGCCGUUGCCGCUAGUCAAGGUUAUUUUUUGACUAUUGUAAAAUUAUUUUUCUGUCCAUCCAAGGCUCCCCAACAUAUUAUUUAAUAUUGGCAUUUCUCUGAUCAUAGGCCAUAAUUCAGAAAAAGUCUAUUGGAAGGUACUAAGAAAUUUUAAAACCAAUAUCAAGGCAUCUAGUCUGCAGCUCAACCAUAAGUGUUCAUAUAACUUUCAGAAUUUUUCCUUCUGCAUUUUAAUGAAUUAAAAUUCGAAAAUCUUCUCAAAAUGCAUAAAAACCAACGGUUCAGGUUGUAUGAACAACUUCAUCUUCGGCGACGAGAAGAUGGGCUACUACGAGACGAUCGCCGGCGGCGCUGGCGCCGGAAACGGAUUCGACGGCCGUUCUGGAGUCCACACUCACAUGACCAACACCCGGAUCACAGAUCCUGAAAUCCUCGAGAGCCGGUUUCUCAAUUUAUGAAAGUCUUAAUAACGCUGGCCAAGUCGGAAGUCUCAAAAACGCUCAAAAGUUUUCUUUUUGCGCCCGUUUUCGGGACAUCCGACUUAACUUGAGGUUAUAGCCGAUUCACGGCUAACUCGCGACGUCAUCUGUCUGCGCUCUCCAGAAACCUGGCACUAUCUUUUUUCAUCGUGUUAGAACUCUUUUUCGAUGAAUCAAGUCAGCCGUGAAUCAGCUCUGAAGGAAUCCGUGGCGACCUUGCCAGUGAAAUCUCUGUUUCAGCUACCCCGUGAUCCUACGUGCGUGGCGACUUCGGCACGGCACCGGCGGCGCUGGAAAGUGGCGUGGCGGCGACGGCGUCGUCCGCUGUAUUCAAUUCAGAAAGCCGCUCUCCAUGUCGUUGCUGACUGAGAGAAGGUUUCCUCAAGAGUGCUUCAUUCAAAAACUAUGUAUAUUUCAGAGCCUUGGCGCCCUAUGGAAUGGCAGGAGGCGAGGAUGGAAAACGAGGCCAGAAUAUUCUGACGAGGAACGGACGAGUCGUCACUAUUGGCUCUAAAAUCACAACCGACGUGGAGGCCGGAGUGAGUUUCUACUUUUUUUCACAAGUUGAGAGAAACUCUUGUUUUGAACUCAAAGUAAUCAUUAUUCUUCAGAAAAAAAGUUCUUUAAACCAACAAAAUUUAUUUUUUUGGAGCUUUUUGUCAUUGGAAAACCUUGACUUUAAUAAUCCCAUAAAUUCAAUGAAAUAAUUCUUUUGCAAAUUAUUUUGAUCUAUUUCUGCUCAUUUUUAACCGUCACUUUUUUUCGAAAGUCUUCCACUUUUUGUCAGAAUUCCGUUCAUACUCGGAAAAAGAAACCGAAAUUCGGCCUAAUUUGUGUUCCUAUAAACUACUAUAAGUUCUGAGCCAAGACUCAAACAAUGAAAAAAAUGUUUGCAAAAAAUAGGAAUACAUUCGAAAAACUAAUUCAGUUGGAAAAGAAAAAGAUAACGCUUCUGAAAAUAAAGCGGUUUCUUCAGGAAAUACUUCAAAUAAACACACCCGGAGGUGGUGGCUACGGAAAAGCCGACAAAGAAUGA